AUGGUGGAGGUGGAGGUGGAGGUGGAGGUGGAGGUGGAGGUGGGAGGAGAGGCAGGAGAGGAGGUGGACGCGGCUACAGAGACGGUAGUAGAGAAAGAUGGGAUCGUGGAGGUGGGAGCGCUGCCAGAGGGCCGAGAGAUCGGACUAUGGUACGCCCGAUACGGAGCUGUGAGGAGGAAACAGGCGGACCGCAGAUCACGGGCUGUGGUCCAAAUGGAUGAGGCCAGGGAGCAGCACAUCACCAGACUCCUCAACUCUGUUCAGAACGAUCAGCCAGAAAGAGUCAACAGAGCAUCUACCUCGGACCACAGGCACUUUUCUAGUAAAACUGAACACUGUUACUUUGAUGGAGAAAUGCCUGAGGAAAAGAAACACUACAGAAAACCUGCACAAUCUGAUGAUGAUGAUGAGGAUUGCGAUCAAAAAACAGGAACACAAACAUCCCAAUGCUCCUCCAAGGUUAAGGAUGAACUUCCUGACAAGUGGGAUGAGGAGGAACCACAGACAACAGACAAUCAGCAAUGGGAUGAUAAAGAAGCAGAGUUUUUACUUCAGAAAAUAGCCAAAGACGACUCUUUGGAUGAUAUUUUAAGACAAGAUCUUCAAAACAAGAGAUCAGGAUCAAAGUACAAAGAAAUGCUGAAAUUUCGAGAAAAGCUCCCUGCAUUUAGUAAAAAAAAGGAGCUCGUGGAUCUAAUCAACUCGAACCAGGUUCUGGUGGUGAGUGGAGAGACAGGGUGUGGAAAAACCACCCAGGUCACUCAGUUCAUCCUGGAUGAUCUUAUCGAGCGAGGCGUGGGAUCCACCUGCAGAGUAGUGUGUACUCAGCCCAGACGAAUCAGUGCCAUUUCUGUGGCUGAACGUGUAGCAGCUGAAAGGGCUGAAAGUGUUGGAAAUGGGAAUUCUUGUGGCUAUCAAAUUCGUCUUCAGAGCCGGUUGCCACGGAGACAAGGAUCUAUCCUGUACUGUACAACAGGCAUUAUUCUGCAGUGGCUCCGCUCAGAUCCAUCGUUGUCAAGUAUAAGUCACAUUGUAUUGGAUGAGAUUCACGAGAGGAAUCUUCAGUCUGACGUUUUAUUAGUCAUCGUUAAGGACCUUCUCGAUAUCCGGAAGGACCUCAAAGUCAUCCUCAUGAGCGCCACUCUCAAUGCUGAAAAAUUCUCCAAAUAUUUUGGUAAUUGUCCAAUGAUACAUAUUCCUGGUUUGACAUUCCCAGUUGAAGAAUUUUUACUUGAGGAUGUUUUGGAGAUGACUCGAUACCAACCCCGAAAUCAGGAUCGCCGCUCUUCCUCGAAGCGGGGAUUUUGGCAAGGACGUAACUGCAGGUCGGAGAAGAAGGAGAAAGAGGCAGAGUACAGGGAGAGCUGGCCUUGUUACGCACGCACCUUACAGGGCAGAUACUCUGACAACACCAUUGAAGCUCUGGAGAAGUUAGACAACGAAGACAAGAUUGACUUGGAGCUGAUCUUGGCUUUAAUACGGCACAUUGUCAACAGUGAUGACGAAGGAGCGAUUCUAGUUUUUCUCCCUGGGUGGGACAACAUCAGCUCUUUAAAUGACCUGCUUAUGGCCCAGCAAAUGUUUCGAUCAGAUUCUUUCAUUAUCAUCCCUCUUCACUCACUCAUGCCCACGGUCAAUCAGACACAGGUCUUUAAGAGGCCCCCUCCUGGUGUCAGAAAGAUCGUCAUAGCCACCAACAUUGCUGAAACAAGCAUCACCAUAGAUGAUGUUGUCUAUGUGAUAGAUGGUGGCAAAAUUAAGGAGACUAACUUUGACACCGAGAACAACAUUAGCACAAUGGCCGCAGAGUGGGUCAGCCUGGCAAAUGCCAAACAACGAAAAGGUCGAGCUGGGAGAGUGCGGCCAGGAAAGUGCUAUCAUCUGUACAAUGGUCUCCGGGCCAGUCUCCUGGACGCCUAUCAGCUGCCUGAAAUUAUGAGGACGCCGUUGGAAGAGCUCUGCCUGCAGAUCAAGAUUUUGAAGCUUGGAUCUAUUGCCAGAUUCCUACAGAAAUCCCUAGACCCUCCCUCUGAAAAUGCUGUGAAUCUUGCAAUCAAGAACCUCACAGACUUGACUGCCCUGGACCGGUCUGAAAACCUAACAGCAUUGGGCAUCCAUCUUGCCCGUCUCCCUGUCGAGCCGCACAUCGGAAAACUCAUUCUGUUUGGAGCUUUGCUGGGUUGCCUUGACCCCAUACUGACCAUUGCUGCAUCCCUUAGUUUCAAAGACCCAUUCUUUAUUCCUUUGGGAAAAGAGAAAAUGGCAGACAUGCGACGAAAAACCUUGUCCAGAAAUUCUAAAAGUGAUCAUCUGACUAUUGUCAAUGCCUUCAAGGGCUGGGAAGAAACCAAGCAUAGCGGUGCUAGGUAUGAGAGGGAGUUCUGUUGGGAUAAUUUUCUCUCUGCUAAUACGCUUCAGAUGCUCCACAAUAUGAAGGGUCAGUUUGCAGAUCACUUGAUGAAUGCUGGGUUUGUAAGCAGUCACAAUCCUAAAGAUCCCAAAUCUAACGUCAAUUCAGACAACGAAAAGUUAAUCAAAGCAGUGAUUGUUGCUGGCCUUUACCCAAAAGUGGCAAAGAUCAGACCCUGUCACAGCAAAAAAAGGCCGGCUAAAGUGUACACACACACUGAUGGAAAAGUUUGCAUCCACCCAAAGUCUGUGAAUGCAGAGGAGACUGAGUUCAACUACCACUGGCUCAUUUAUCACCUGAAGAUGAAGACCAGCAGUAUUUUCCUGUACGACUGCACCGAGGUCUCUCCAUUCUCUCUCCUCUUCUUUGGAGGUGACAUCACAAUACAGAAAGAUGGAGACCAAGAAACUAUAGCUGUGGAUGAGUGGAUUGUGUUCAGAUCACCAGCACGCAUCGCUCAGCUUGUUAAGAGUCUGAAGAAAGAGCUAGACUCACUGUUGGAGGAGAAAAUUCGAAAUCCUGCUCCUGUGGACUGGCAGAAUCGUCAGUCUAAAGAUUGUGCCGUCAUCACAGCCAUUAUAGACCUCAUCACGACCCAGGAGAGUCCCCACGGAGGCACAGGGCCUUACAGCAGAGCACAGGAGAGUGGCCCCAGAGGACAGCACUUUUACUUUGAUGAUGAGGACGAAGAGGACUAG